UAUACACUUUUCUCAUGUUUUCCACCGAGAAAGUGAUGAUGAGGAUGAAGCUGCUUCUUCUCAUCAAUCUACUUGCCAUGACCAUGGCAGCAACUGAAGCUCAAUCCCUUGCCGGAUGUCCCGACAAAUGCGGAGACGUCGACAUUCCAUAUCCAUUUGGUGUCGGGGUGCAGCCUGGUACUUCUCGAAAUUGUUUCUUGGAUCAGUCAUUCAAUCUCACUUGUGACAACUCCACGUCCACAUUAUACUUCGAUAACAUCACAGUUUCUAGCAUAUCUCUCCAACAACAUCAAAUGGACAUUUUCAUGCUUGUCUCCGAGGGCUGUUACAAUCAAACGGGCCAACUACGUUCUCUUUACACCAAGACCUUCACCAUUUCCAGCACCCAAAACAAGUUCGUAAGUGUUGGUUGUGACACUCUGGGCAUGAUUUAUUUCCAGAACAACAGCUUGCGGAACAACUUCACACAUUACACUGGUUGCGUGGCGUUAUGUUACUCACCUCCCCCUAAAGAGAUUGACGAUAAAACUUGUUCCGGGACAGCAUGUUGCCAGGUGGAUAUUCCUGUGGGAAUCAAUAACAUCAGUUUUGUAGCAGUAAGCGUGUUUAAUCAUACCAACGUGUUGACCUUCAACAACUGCAGCCAUGGUUUUAUUGUCAAACAUGACUGGUUUCAUUUCUCCUUCGAUUACCUACGUGACUUUCCCUAUGAUAGGGUCCCCGUGGUACUAGAUUGGAGUGUUUCGAAUGUUACUUGUCGAACUGCUUCCAGAAGUAAAGCAGACUAUGCCUGCAAAUCCAACACAGAAUGUGUGGAUUCCAGUGAUGGAGUUGGAUACAAGUGCAUAUGCAAACCCGGUUUUGAGGGCAAUCCUUACCAUCCAAAUGGGUGCCAUGAUGUUGAUGAGUGCAGCAGACCCAAUAACUGCAGUAUACACAGCCAAUGUAUCAAUUUGAAUGGUACCUACAAAUGUGUUUGUCCGCCUGGAUACAAAGGCAUCGCCUACAACAAUGGAACGGGCUGUAGUUUGGACACUUCUCCAUCUAAUCAAAAUUUGAGUAUUCUUAUAAUUGCAUUAGGUGUGAGUGUGGCCUUGUUAGCUGUCUUCACACUGGUCUCCACAUUAUGUUGGGCACGCAAGCAAAGAACUUUAAAACAACUUAGAGAAAGAAAUUUUGAGCAAAAUGGAGGCAACAUAUUAUUGCAACAACUUUCUGAACAACAAGGCUACACAGAUAGAAUCAAAAUAUUUACAGAAGUUGAGCUUAAGAAUGCAACAAACAACUUUGAUCAAUGUCGAAUUCUAGGUCGCGGGGGACAAGGCACAGUUUAUGAUGGUAUCUUACAGGACAAUAGACAUGUUGCAAUUAAGAAGUCUAGAAUAGGAGGAGAUCCUAGACAAAUUAAGGAUUUUAUCAAUGAAGUGUUUGUUCUUUCUCAAAUCAAUCACCGAAAUGUAGUCAAACUUUUAGGGUGUUGUCUUGAAACUGAAGUCCCUUUGUUAGUAUAUGAGUUUGUUGAUAAUGGCACUCUUCUUGAUCACAUUGAUCCUUUGAAGAAUGAGUUUUCUAUUUCAUGGGAGACCCGAUUAAGGAUAGCUGUAGAGACUGCUGAAGCCAUUUCAUAUUUACAUUCUUCUGCUUCCAUUCCAAUUAUUCAUCGGGAUAUUAAAUCUACCAAUAUACUUUUAGAUCAUAAUCUCAAAGCAAAAGUAUCUGACUUUGGUGCUUCAAGACUUGUUCCUCUUGAUGAAACUCAUGUUACCACUGUAGUACAAGGGACUCUUGGAUAUUUGGAUCCAGAGUACCUCCAUACUGGUCAAUUUGAUGAGAAGAGUGAUGUGUAUAGCUUUGGGGUUGUGCUUGUAGAGCUACUCACAGGCAAAAAAGCAGUUCAAUUUAGUAUGCCAGAACAAAGAAAUCUAGCUAUGUAUUUUGUGUCUUCAAUGAAAGAAGAUCGCUUGUGGGAAAUUCUUGACAAACAAGUGUAUGAUGGAAAUAAUACAAAUCAGCUGAAAGAAGUAGCCUUAUUGGCAUGGAGGUGCGUUAAAGUAAAAGGAGAGGAAAGACCCACUAUGAAGGAAGUAGCGAAAGAGCUAGAGGGUCUUGUUGCAAUUGAAAAGCAUCCGUGGGUGAAAGGUGAAGAUCUUAUGUCAGAAGAAAGUGAAUACUUACUUGGUCAUGUACCUGAUAUGUAUGGGGCAACUAUUGCCGCAGGUACUUCAGCUUCCUAUGAUACAAUGUUAAAGGACAUUGCAUUAGAGAUUGCGGAUGGCAGAUGAUCAUUUGGUGUUCAUAUAUAUGGGGGGUGUGCUUCAUUGUUUUUUCUUUAUUUUUAUCAUGCUAUUUUAUGUUGGAUAACGCUUUUUGAUGGAUGUGAUCAUGAUUAGGUGUACAUUAAGUUGGCUUUGGCAAGACUGUAAAUCAUGAUUCCAAGUAUCUUAAGCUUUUCUUUUCAUCGCUCUUGUAAACUAGAUGGAUUGUCAACGAAUAAAAUAUGUGUAUUGAUGGCUUGGUUUGCUUACCAAGUAUUUUUU